AUGACACUUUCGUGGACUCUGCGAGUUGCUUGCAGACCACGCCAAGGAGCAACGGAUUGGGCCUGCCAGGAAAGCUUCAUGUGCAAUCGCUGGCCGCACACUGCGCGAGAGUGGCGCUGGUCAUUGCCCGAUGGAAGAGGUGCUCAAUUUCAGCAGUCGUCCGUCCUUGCAACCAACUGCCUUUUGAUUCGCAGCAUGGUGCCCAUGCUAGCGGCAAAAGGCAAGUGUGAUGGCCCCGGGCUGCGCAAGUCUGCGAUUUUUGCCUUCCGGCCUCUCAGCAGCCCGCCCUGCAUGGCGCAUGUGGACAGAUGGGGACCCGUGUGGACGGCGUGGCGCACAGUGAAGACAACGCCUCUGUAUGGGUGUGUUGUUUCUCCUCUGUCUUGGCUGCAGCUGCCAGACCAUCCGAUAUCCUCAGAAAACGCCUUCACUUUGCAAUGGUAG